AUGGCCAAGUACACUGAGGAACAAUUACUUGAGGCAAGGGAAGAAGCCUACACUCCGAAGCCAGAAGUUUUAGAAGCUUUCAACAGUUUAGUGGAGGCCGUGAGAGAACAUGUCGCCAAUGAGAAGAAGGCUAAAAUGACCAACGGUGACACCUACAUUGACGAACAUGGCAAUGAGAGACUGUACCACCACUUGAACAGAAGAAGAUUGUCUCGUUCGGGAAACAAGCCAAACUUGAGAAAGAAGACCGUUGAGACCACCGUGGACGAAGAUGGAUGGGCCACCAUGACCAAACCUAAGAAAUCAUUUGGAGCCGAGGAAGCCAAUGAAGAAAGAACAAAGUUCAGAGAGCUGUUGAAGGAAACUGCGGUUAAGAUCAAGCCUAACAACAAAAACUUGGGAUCUUCCAAAGCAGUUGAUCCAAGAGAUGCCAUUGCGGACAAGCACACCAACACAUUCAACGCGUUUGAAGCUUUGGGUGGUGACGAUGACGACGACGAGUAA